UCGGCUGGUGAACGGGGUAUGUGGACAGUGGGCAAGCACCUCCUGCGGUUUGGCCGCAAUGUCUCAGUCAUUGUCUUUGCCGUCGUGGCUGCGCUCACCUAUCUGAGCUGGUCCUGGACAUGGCGCCGGGUUGUGGUUCCAGCUUGGGCGUUCUGUGUCUCGUUUGUGGUGUAUGUGAACCCGGACGAUGCAUCUGAGGAGGAGGAGGACGACGAGGAGGAGGAGGAGGACGACGAUGAUGACGGCGGUGGCGCGGAAGAGGUGGAAGUGGCCAGCGGCGGCGUGGCCGGCGAUGGUGGGGCGAGUGCGGGAGGAUCGAGCGGGGUGCGGCGGUCGCCGAUGCUGAAGCGGCGGGUGCCGCGGCGGGUGUACCGGCAGAAUCUGGGGGUACAAAGUGGGAGCGGUGGCGAGUCGCCGCUGGCGUCGCCGGGGGCGGCCUGUUCUACAGUCUGUUCAGCGGGGGAUCGAACGAGGCGAGCGCGAGCGUGGCAAGCCUGCACGAUCUUGUAGAUGCCGAGUGCAUGCCCGAGGCUAGUGACGGAUUCGUGGCGGCAUGGGGCAAGGCGCUGAUGCCGGACGUGUGGUGGGUGUGCGCGCGGGCGGAGCUGCGGCGCUCGGAGCGCGAGUGCGGCGAGUUUGCGAAUAUGGCGGAGGAUGUGGCGGGCGACGAGGCGGUGCUUGCGCAGGCCGGGACGCUAGCGCGCGACGAGUACAAGGCGCGUGUCCGCGACAUCCUGGGACAGCUGACAGCGGAGCAGGCGCCGUGGCUCCAGCGCGUUGUCCUGCUCUGCACACUCAAGGUGCUACGGCUGCUGUACGCAUCGGGCAUUUUUGUGGACGUGGAGGACGUGCGCCGUGUGGUGCGUGAGAUGGAGGCGCGGCCAAAGGCAGCGCUGCUGCUGCUCCCGACGCACCGAUCGGCGAUUGACUACGUGCUGGUGUGGUACAUGUGCGUGGUGUGCCGGCUCCCGCUCCCGUACAUGGUGGCCGAGUCGAAGCACCUCGAGCGGUCGUGGCUCAAGGCGUUGCUGGUGUACAUUUUCCGGUCGCUGGGCUCUAUCUUCCCGGACCAUGCAGCGCUCGAGUCUGAUCCGCUGUACGGAGCGGUGUACGCGUCGUACAUGCGUAACCUCAUUGGUCGCGGGGCGACGCUGCAGUGCUUCAUCGAGGGCUCGCGAUCGCGGACGGGCAAGUCAAAGCGACCGCAGCUCGGGCUGACGUCUUUUCUUGUGGACGCGGUGCAGAGCAACAAGGAGCUCGACGCAGUGGUGACGUGCAUCGGGCUCGGGCACGCGCGGGUCAUCGAGAACGCGCUCUUUGUCAACGAGCUUGUGGGUGACGAGGCUGGGGCACAGGCUGCGGCGGCGCGCGAGCACCUCGAUCUGGAGGGACUUGCGUUUGCGACUACGUUGUUGUCGCGGAUUCUGCGACGGCAGUUCUCGCUCGGGUCUGUGGACAUGGGCAUGGCCGCGCCGUUCUCGCUCCGAGAGUUUGUGCGGCGACAGUGGCAGACGGACGAGGGGGUGUUUGGCUUUUGCGGCGUGCGUGCGUCGGCGAUCGACGUGCCGCGGCUGUCGCGGGCGUCAUCGCCGACGAGAUCACUCGAGUUUGCGCGAGUGGCGCCUGCGCCGGUCGACGCGUCCGAGCCCGGGCGCGAGGCCGGCGACGCCGCGUGGGUGGCGGCGGCGGUCGGGUCGUCGUCGACCGAGUCGAGCGUGUCUGACGACGACAACGGCGCGUUUACGGACAUGUCAUCGAUUGCCGGCGGCGGCAACGGCGACGAGUCGAGGAAGGGCUCGCCUGAAGCGGGCCUGGUUGUCGACGUGGCGCUCUCGCCGACCAAGACGCAGUUCGCCAGUGAGCUUGUCGGGCGGCUGCAGCGACUGGUGCCGGCAGCAGGUGUGCCGAUAGCGUCGCGAGUGCCGAGCCUCGGCUCGCCGGUCAAGAUCUUACAUGAGAGCGGAAGCGCGUGGCAGGCACCGCAUGUCGGGCGCGGGGCGCUGAUGCUGCCGUCGCGGAGCAGCAGGCAGAUCCUCACGCCGCGGUCUGCGGGGGUGGCGGCUGCGGCUGCGCCGCGUGCGCAUGCUGUCUCGCUCGCGCUCACGCACAAUGUCAUGUACCUGUGCAACAGCGCGUCGGUGGUUGUGCCGUCGGCGGUGGUGGGCACUAUCCUUCUCACGCACUACAAGCGCGGACUAGCGUUGAAGGACCUCGCGCAGUGCGUGACGUGGCUCCGCAACGAGGUCCGCAAGCGCGGGUUCAGGGUGGCGGCGCGGGCGCGCGGGUCGUUUGAGAGCGACGUGGCGCAGCUGGUCAACCGGGUGCUCUCGUCGCGGGACUCGGGCUCGUCGAACGAGAUGGUGAAGAAGUUCCGCGGUGACACGCUCCUGUUUGGACUCUACACGCCUGAGGAGCGGAUGCUUCUUGUGUUCUACCGCAACCAACUGAUGCACGUGUUUGUGCCCGAGGCGCUGGUGUGCGCAGCGCUGUACGCGCUCGAGCGCAAACGCGGCGAGUUUCCGGCGCGGGUGUCGGGACGCGAUCUGCGGCGGUACACACACUUUCUGGUCCAGCUGUUCCGGUUCGAGUUUGCGUUCCCACCGUCGUCGUUCCACCGCGACACGUUUUCGGAGACGGUGGAAAGCCUUGUGCAACGGCGGAUCCUGGUGCGGAGCGCAGUUGGCGAGCCGGGUGAGAUCGACUCGGACAUGUUUAGCGUCGACUCGCGCGACGACGACUCGUUGGUGGAGUCGACGUUUGUCUCGCACGGAACCGGGAUGUACCUGUUCCUCUGCUCGCUCCUCUGGCCGUUUCUCGACUCGUACUUUCUGUGCGCGCUCGGCCUGUUUGCGCUACUCGAGCCGGCUGGCGGGCAACGGCCGCCUGUGGAAGUGUCGGCCUUUGUGGCACACGUACAGAAGAACGUGGGUGAGGCGGUGUUCUUUGGCGGUCAGCUUGACUUGUACGAGGCGAUCUCGCGCGACACGCUCAUCAACGCGGCCAAGUUGUACGCGCGGUGGGGCGUGGUGCGGAUUGCGGACGGGCACAUCAGCCUUGCGGAUGAGUUUGCGAGCGACGGCGAGGUCUCGCGGUUCGCGCGACGGAUUGCGGCGUUCAAGAAGCGGUCGCGGUCGUACUCGUCACGGCGGUAUCGAACCAGGCGCGGGGUCCGGUCAGCAGUGGCCGAUGCCGAGUCUCAUGCCCGCAACGUGGCGCCGUUGCUGUGGGGCGGCGAGCCCAUGACCUCGCUGUAAAAUGACAUAGCUACAGAA